AUGAGGAAAAUUGCACCUUUAGUAAUAUGUGGACCAUCUGGGGUUGGUAAAGGAACAUUAAUAAAAAAACUGUUGAAUGAAUUCCCUCAUUUUUUUCGAUUUUCCGUAAGUUGUACUACUAGAAAAAGAAGGGAAAAAGAAAUAAAUGGAGUUGACUACUAUUUUUUAAAUAGAGAAGAUUUUGAAGAAAAAAUUAAAAAAAAUUAUUUUUUAGAGUAUGAUAAUUAUGCAAAUAAUUUAUAUGGUACUUUAAAAAGUGAAUAUGAUAAGGCAGAAAAUGAACAAAAGAUAUGCUUAUUUGAAAUGAAUAUAAAUGGAGUAAAGCAAUUAAAAACUAGUGAACACAUAAAGAAUGCUAUUUAUAUUUUUGUAAAACCACCAAGUAAUGAUAUUUUAUUAAAUAGAUUAAAAAAUAGAAAUACAGAAAAUGAGAGUCAAAUUAAUAAAAGAAUGGAAGAAUUAAAAAGAGAAUUAGAUGAAGCAAACAAAAUUGAUUUCAACUUCUAUAUAAUAAAUGAUGAACUAGAAAAGACAUAUGAAGAACUAAGGAACUUUUUAUUAAAAUCUUAUGAACAUUUAAAAAAAUGA